AUGCCCUCACUUGACAGAAGGGUCGCAGGGGCUUUGGAUUUGAGCUCUAAAGAUACUUUGGAAUUGGGCUCAAAAGACAAGUUAUAUAUGGGCGGCUACAACCAAUACCCACCUGCACAAGACUCGGCGAGGGGAGGCCAAUCCUCGGGUGUUACAGGAGGAGUUGCUGGGUGCCUCCUCUCACUGCUUCUUUCUUUCAUAAUUUAUGUGUUCCUCAAGAGCCGGAACUGCUCCAUGAACUGCGAGUUGAAAGUUGAUAAUGAUUUCAAGCCAACGGAAGAAGCCCAAAACACACGCCCAUGGUUCAGUGGCUUAAUUAUAUAUGUGUGA